GCCAUGUUCACCGCGAGAAAGCUUUGUGAGCGCGCACAGGGACAGUCGUUUACUGUAUUGCCGCGAACAAAUCGGAAUAAAUAAUCUCUAGAUCACAUUCACCUCGUUGGAUUGCUUCUUGUGAGAAAUUGUGAAUUGAUCAUAACUGCGCCAAGGAGUAUUCUGCUGGAAAAGAUUGCUGGAGAAUGGCCGCCGAGGUGAACGGCAGCUCCGUGCAGGUGGUGGAGGAGGAGGUGAAUGAGGAGGCAGAGGCUGUGGAGGAGGCAGUGGCAGAGGCAGAGGCAGAGGCUGAGGCGGAGGCCAAGGAGGAUGAGGAGCCUAUGGACAUCGGUGUCACGCACACAGAGAACUACCAGACACUCAUUGACGCUGGACUUCCGCAGAAAGUAGCCGAGAGGCUGGACAACAUCUUUCAGACCGGGCUUGUGGCAUAUGCAGACCUGGACGAGCGGGCUAUCGAUGCCCUGCGGGAGUUCAACGAGGAGGGGGCACUCGCAGUGCUGCAACAGUUCAAGGAGAGCGACUUGUCUCAUGUGCAGAAUAAAAGCGCGUUCCUGUGUGGCGUCAUGAAGACCUACAGACAAAGAGAAAAGCAAGGGAACAAAGUGCAGGAAUCCACCAAAGGUCCCGAUGAGUCUAAGAUAAAGGCCCUCCUGGAGAGGACAGGGUACACCCUGGAUGUCACCACAGGACAGAGGAAGUACGGGGGACCCCCGCCAGAGGAGGUGUUUUCAGGAACGCAGCCUGGGGUCGGAACAGAGGUUUUCGUCGGGAAGAUUCCCAGAGACCUGUAUGAAGAUGAGCUGGUCCCCCUGUUUGAGAAGGCUGGUCCCAUCUGGGACCUGCGGCUGAUGAUGGAUCCGCUGUCGGGUCAGAACCGAGGCUACGCCUUCAUCACCUACUGCAACAAGGAGGCGGCCCAGGAGGCAGUCAAACUGUGUGAUAACUAUGAAAUACGUUCCGGAAAGUACCUGGGCGUGUGCGUCUCCGUUGCGAACAACCGCUUGUUUGUGGGAUCGAUUCCGAAAAACAAGACCAGAGAAAGUAUUUUGGAAGAUUUCGGCAAAGUUACAGAGGGUCUCAUGGAGGUCAUCCUGUACCACCAGCCGGACGAUAAGAAGAAGAACCGCGGCUUCUGCUUCUUGGAGUACGAGGACCACAAGUCCGCCGCACAGGCCCGCCGACGCCUUAUGAGCGGCAAGGUGAAGGUGUGGGGGAACCCUGUCACCGUGGAGUGGGCCGACCCUGUGGAGGAACCCGACCCGGAGAUCAUGGCCAAGGUGAAGGUGCUGUUUGUGAGGAAGCUGGCCACGGCGGUCACAGAGGAGCUCCUGGAGAAGACCUUCUCGCAGUUCGGGAAGCUGGAGCGCGUGAAGAAGCUGAAAGAUUACGCCUUCGUUCACUUCCAGGACAGAGACGCAGCGGUUAAGGCCAUGGAGGAGAUGAAGGGGAAGGAGCUGGAGGGGGAGCAGAUUGAGAUCGUCCUGGCAAAACCUCCAGACAAAAAGAGGAAAGACAGACAGGCGGCUCGGCAGACUUCCAGACAUGUGGGGUAUGACGAUUAUUAUUACUACCCUCCACCACGCAUGCCGCCCCCCAUGAGAGGCAGGGGCCGCGGGGCUAGGGGGGGCUACGCCUACCCUCCAGACUACUACAGCCACGAGGAGUACUACGACGAUUACUACGGCUAUGACUAUCACGACUACCGGGGCGGAUACGAAGACCCCUACUACGGCUACGACGACGUCUACCCCCCGCGAGGGAGGGGAGGCCGGGUGAGCAGGGGCGCGCCCCCUCCCCCUCGGGCUCGAGGCGCCCUGCCCCCCCGCGGGAGAGGAGGCUACCCCCAGAGGGGGGUGCCCCUGGGUGCUCCGAGGGGCGGCCGAGGAGGCCGGGGAGGCCCGUCCCAGCAGCAGAGGGGCCGCGGCGCACGGGGCUCCAGGGGGAACCGCGGGGGCAACGUGGGCGGCAAGAGGAAGGCCGACGUGUACAACCACCCCGACUCCAAGCGGCGCCAGACCAACAACCAGCAGAACUGGGGGUCCCAGCCCAUCGCCCAGCAACCCCUGCAGCAAGGUGGCGACUAUUCCGGUAACUAUGGUUACAGUAAUGACACCCUGGAGUUUUCUCAGGAUUCUUAUGGGCAACAGUGGAAGUAGAUUCAAGUAAGGCUAUUGGGCAAAAAAAAAAAAAGGAAAUUGGCUGCAACCUUUUGAUUGGCUUUUUAUCUUUCAUCCUUCACCUCUUAAUUGAAAUGUAUAAAAAAAAAAAAGAAACAACAUGCCACAAAAGAAUUGGCGUUACUUCAUCCGUGCUGAAGUGUUGAUUGGCUGGAAAUGCGUAUUUGGCUGAAGAUAAACGUGCAACAGCUGUCCUGACUAAUUUCUUAUACUUAUGGUUACAUGGGACACUUUUGGGCUUUAAACACAUACAAAUUUUAUUGCAUUGUUUUCUUUUAGUUUUUUCUUUUAAGUCAACAUUAAAUAUUUCAAAGGUGGUGGACCCUUGUUUUCCAAAGUUUGAGAAGAGAAAAUCAUGAGUGUCCUGCUGGAAGCAAAAGGGUUUUUCCCCCUGGACUUUUUCCCUUUCAGGUUUCUAAUAGAGUGCGUAGGGAUUCGCUUGUAUAUAAAAAGCUUAAAGCUCAAGCUUGAUUUUCAGUUCUUUUGCAGAGAUGGGGAAAGUAAUCCACAGAAAAAGGAAAGAUUUCCAGUUUUGUAUUGAAGUAACAUGUACGCUUGGCAUUUUGUAGAAGUAGAUGUGUUUUUUUAAAGUUUUGUUUUGUUUUUUCUUUUUUUUAACUGUUAUGACUUCAGACAUUUCUCAAGAAUUUGCCCAAAUUUGGUUUGGCUGCAGAGCCGCAACAGUUUGUUCUGAUGUUUGUAUUUAAAUCUUUUGAUUGUUACAUUUCAAUAAAAUCAACUGAAUACCAUUCAGGUACCAGCCAUCUCAAA